UUAAUUCGAAUUGCAGGUGCUGAUAAUAAUAAUGAAGUAUUGAAUGAAUUAUCUGAAUAUAUUGAAAAGUCAGGAGAAUUUUCUAGCAUUAAUCUAAACAAUCAAAAAAACAAUAACCCGGAGGAUAUUGAAAAUGAAAUGCUCGAAGAGAAUAAUUUUAUUAAUUUUUCUGAUGAGAUUCUUUUAUUUGAUAAUAAUGAGUAUCAAU